AUGUCAUCCAUACUCCCACCGUGUAUCCCCCCGCGGCCCACAGCCGCGCAGCUACUCGACCUGCCCAAGGAACUCUUCAUCCGCAUCUCGCGUUUCCUCUCGACAAAAUCCCUCCUCAACUUCCUCCUCGCCAACCGCGAAAUCAACCAGCUUUGUACCCUCGUCCUCGAAACCCCCACCCCAGAAAGCGGCGAUCUCCAUCGCGCCAUCGCCUGGCAUGCCACACACAAUCAAGAACAGAAGCUCAUGCGGAUCCUUCGAAACAGCCAACACAUGUUGAUGAAGUACCACGAGUCGCAGUUCGAGGCCCUGACCUACGCCUGUGCGGUGGGCUUUGAGAACACGGUUGAAUGGCUCAUCGAACUUGGCGUCAACCCCGAUAUCCGAUCCUCGGAGCCCAACAGGGAUACCGAGCUGAAGCGCGAGGGGGCCAUCUCGCCGCUGAUGGCCGCUGCUCUGAGGAACGAUUCUAGAUUCCUUGCCCAGUUUCUCAAGCACUUGGGCAAGCCGAGGGGUUAUUACCUGCACGAGGUCAUGCGCCUGCUCUUUGGGUUCCCGGACAGGAUCAAGGACCACGACUGCGCGCAGUUGCUCGUUGAUGCCGGGCUCGAUCAUAAGAUCGUCGACUUUGACGGCACGACGACGCUCCAUUACGCGGCGACGCAGUAUUCAGGUGAGGAAGUGCGCUUCCUCAAAGAACUCGGACUGCAAACCAACGCGCAGGCUGCUGGGGCCGCGACGCCGCUCGCCUAUGCGAUCGACGCCGGCAACAUCGACACGAUCCAGGCCCUGCUGGAUCUCGGGGCCGGGGCGAAUAGACAGUGCACCGCGACCACUUUCCCGCUGUUCCUCGCCGCGCGCAGUGGGCACCCGGCGGUUGUGCAGCUCCUGCUCGACCACGGCGCCAACCCGAACCAGAUCGUCCCUGCCAGCGGAGGAACGCCCUUUGCCCAGGCGGCGUUUGCCCGUGGCGAGCAUGCCGAGCGGUCGGCCGUUGCUCUGCUCCACGGGGGCGCCUCGUUCAGCGUAGAUCCCCCGUCGACCGAACACAUGCUGUUUGGCGCAAUCAGCAAAGGAUGGACGGAGUUUAUGCGGGAGGCGUUCCGCGCCCUGGAGGCUCGCAACGAGCCCCUGAUUGCCGCGGACAUUUUCUUCAUCGCCGCUGCGCACCUCGGCGACAUUCGGCUCAUGGAGGCCCUGCUCGCAACCGGGACCGUCAACGUCGACUACCUGCUCCCCGUCGGGCCCGGCCUUCCCUACGGCUUUAGCGCACUGGCCGAAGCGUGCAACUUUGGCGGGGAGGAUGCGUUUGAGUGGCUGAUCCAGCGGGCCGGGGUGACCCGAUUCGACUUUAUCAACCACGACGGCGACAACCUCUACCACAGGGCGCUGAGGUGGCCGCACCCCCAGCGCGAGCGCACAAUCCGCCAUCUAUUCGACCAUCUCGACCCGGACGAGCUCCUCACCCCCAACGAGUGGAAUAAGACCCCGCUGGAGAUGGCCGUCGGGACGCAGCCGUACGAAAUGAUCCACCUGAUGCUCUCGCACAUCCCGCCAAUGGGCAACCGCCUGCUUCGUCGCGACGACUGUUCGUAUCCGCUCUCCGCCUGCCUUUGCGCUGCGGCCAGGUACGGCAGGCUCGAUGUCCUGCAGCUCCUCGUGCACUACAUGGACUCGAACCAGAUCGGCCUCCGCCCGGAGCUCGCGCCCUUGUUCACAGCGCUGCAGAGCCGCCGGCACGAUGUUGCCCUCUGGCUGAUCCAGCAGGACAUCACGCAAGAGAUCUCAGUCGACAACGUGCGACUCCUCGCAGCUGCCGCCGCAGUCGGCUUCACUGAUCUCGUCCAGAUCCUCUUGCAAAAGGGCAUCUCCGCCAACUCGCAGAACCCAAACGACCGCAGCGCCUUCGUCGCAGCACUCAUGACCGGGAACCUCGAAGCCGCCCGACUCCUCCUCGACGCCGGCGCAGACACCAACGUGGCCAUCGACGGCGUCCCCGACUUCACCGAACGGGGCAAAGAGAACCUCCUCCUCUGGGCAGCAGCCAGGGACUACCCCGCGACCGUCCAAUUCCUGCUCGAGCGCGGCUGGGACGUGAACGGCACGCAUGCCGCGCUGGGCGUCCCGCCGCUCGCGCACGCCGCGGCCAACAACGCCGUGCACUGCAUGCGCCUCCUCGUCGACGCCGGCGCGGACGUGGAAUUCGCCGACGCCGACGGGCUCACCCCGCUCUAUCACGCCGCCUGGGCGAACAACCCAGAUGCGGUCCAGCUGCUCCUCGACGCAGGCGCAAACCCGGCCCCUUGGGACCCGACCGGAAACUCCCCGCUGAUCCGGGCCGCCGCUCGCUCGGUCGAGAUCACGCGCAUGCUCGUCGCGGCCGGCGUCGAUGUUAACGCGCAGUCCAAUAAGGGGUCCACGGCGCUGAUUAAUGCCGCGGCGAGAGACCAGGUUGAGAGUGUUCGGCUGCUUAUUGAGCGGGGCGCGGAUCUGGAGAAGAGGCUGCAUGGCCGCACGGCGCUCGCCUGGGCGAUUGCCGAGAAUGCGCUGGGUGCGGCGCAGCUGCUUGUUCGGGCUGGGGCGGAUGUUGUGACGGUGGAUGAGCGGGGGGAUACGCCCCUGAGCCUUGUGCAGGAUGAGGCUGCGCUGGCAAUUCUGGCCGAGGCGAGGCGGUUCUAG